GUUUCGGUUCCCGUUUCCCCGCAAUGGGGCGGGCCAUUCCCGGCGCUGCCUUCGGCGCUGUCGAGCUGUCGGGCGGCCGGCGAGCGGGCGAUGGCGGCGGGACGGCGGCAGCAGCGGCGGCGGCGGCGGCGGCAGGGCCGGGGGAGCGGCCCCCCGCGGCGGCCGCGGAGUACCGGAGAGCACACGCAGUCGCAGAGGAAUGAGAAGGCGCGGUGCUCAAACCAUGAUGCAACACAUACGCUUGUUCUCUCCCCUAAUGGGAAGCUUUCUGAACACUGGGCUACAGCUUCAGCUAACUGCUCUAAGACCAGGCUGGUGAAAGAACUAGGAAACCAAGAUAUUGUUCAAAUAGCGUGUGGGGACCAGCACGCCGUGGCGCUCUCCAGAGGAGGUGAGCUCUUUACCUGGGGCCAGAACGCCCGCGGACAGCUUGGAGUGGGGAGCCAAACCACGCUCAUCCCCCAGCCACAGCUGGUGGACAGACUAAAGGGCAUCUCACUCGCUCACAUUGCUGCUGGAGGAGCUCACAGCACUGCCGUGUCACUCUCUGGAGCUGUGUACUCGUGGGGAAAGAACGAUUUUGGACAGCUGGGACUCGGAGACACAGAAGACAGGAACUGCCCGUCAUACGUUGGAGCGUUAGAGCACUGGAAGACUGUAUUUAUCUCAUGUGGGGCAGAUCAUACUGCAGUUCUCUCCAAGGAGGGGUUGGUGUGCACCUUUGGAGCAGGAGGGGCUGGCCAGCUCGGUCACAACUCCACCCGGACUGAACUCACACCUCGUGUGGUGGCCGAGCUGUGGGGAGCAAGAGUUUCACAGGUUGCCUGCGGCAGACAGCACACCCUGGUCUAUGUCCCCUCCUUGGACAAAGUCUAUUCAUUUGGUUCUGACGAAGAAGGACAGCUGGGAGACGAGAGAAAGCCUAAUCAGUUGAUACCACUUCCUAUCAAUUCACCAGUGAAUACUGGAAAAUCCUGUCAGGAAAACAACAUGUCACAAGAGGUGAUUGAAAUUAUUGCAGGAGGAAACCGAAGUAUUGUCCUUUGCAAGAAGAACAAGAAUUCCUAUUUGAAUGGAAUUGCCACUCUGAAGGAUGAAGAUGUGGACACAUGGAUUUCUAAUUCUAGUUCACAACGCUGGGAGAGUAUACAAAAGAAUAUCAGACUGAUCUUUUCAUCUGAGGCUUGCAUCAACGGAAGCUUCCUGGAGAAAAGAGACAAACAUUUCAAAACUUCCAAAGAAGUCUCGGGUGUAGACAUGUCAGAAGUGCAACGUUUUUAUGAGAAGGUCAGCAAGAAGCCAAAGGUCUUCCAGGAGGUGCAAAAGGAGAUUGAGAAGUUACUGCCAUCAUUGUCUUCCUCUCCCGUCUCACCUGAAAAUUUCAGAGUCUACUUGAUCUUGCCUUUCCUUCUGCAGGGAGAGGAUGACAGCUCUUACCGUUGUCUCAGGCUUCUAGCACAAGCCAUCACAAAGCUCCAGCCAAAGGCCCUGCAAGCUCUUGAACGCCUGUGGUCAAAUCUAGAAACAUCCUUUUUCAAGGAGCUGGUCAUUCUAUAUCAGAGGGUGUCCCAGAAAAAUCUGUCUCAAUUUAUCAUGGAAGUCAGCAGCCACCGAAGAAACCCCUUGAACCUGCACCCACAUGAAACACUGACACUGCAAAUACUGCAGAUUCUUUACCAGGUGAACUCCAGAACUGGUUUCAGAGUACAAGAAAACAACUUCUAUGUGCCUCAAGUGAAAACAAUUAUCAGAUGGUGUUGGGGCUUUAAUGUAGAAACGGCCCUAUGGAAGCUGACCAAAUAUCCAUGCAUCUUUGACAUACAAGACAAGAUUGUUGUUCAUUAUAAAGAAUGUGACGCUCUGUACAGCCCCUUUUAUAAUGUAAGUAUAUACUUAAUACUGAUGGGCCAGGAACUAUGGCUUUUUCCGGUCAGAAGACAGUGCCUUCUGCAAGACAUAUGGACCCAUUUAAAUAAUGCACCAAUCCAGCAAUUCAGGAAGAUCUUAAAGGUGUCGUUCGUGGGCGAGGCAGGGCUGGACGACGGCGGGCUGUCCCAGGAGCUCUUCAGCGUCGCCGCCAGGACCCUCUGCCAGCCCGGCACCGGGGCCUUCCGCCGCGUCGCCUCCGGCCUCGUGUGGUUCCCCAGCCAGGCCUCGGGCUGCGGGGACACCUUCUUCCGAAUCGGUACGCUGUGCGGAAUGGCCCUGUAUAACAAGUGCAUGGCGCCCUUCCCCUUCCCCAGGGCUCUCUACACAAAGCUGCUGGGCCUGGCGCCCACCCUGGAGGACCUGGAGGAGCUGUUGCCAGCCGCAGGCCGGAGUCUUCAGGGAAUCUUGGAUGAAGAAUGUGAUCAUAUCCUUGAGAGCCUGGACAUGGACUUCACGAUUAUGGAAGAAGGAGGUUCCAUGGUUGCUGUUGAACUUAAAAAAAAUGGUGCCAACAUUCCUGUCACUAAGGAUAACAGGAAAGAAUUUGUGGACUUGUAUGUGAAUUAUGUGUUCAAUGAAUCGAUACGGAAGCCAUUUGAGGACUUUAUGCAAGGGUUUUUAAGAGGCUGCCCAGCUAGGAAGUGGAAGAUGUUUCUCCCUGUAGAGCUCCAGAUUGUUCUCCAGGGACACACAACAUUUGACUGGCAUCUGCUGGAAAAGAAUGUGAAGUACAGACAGUAUAAAAAGUUUGAUCAAACCAUCAGGAAUUUUUGGACUGUGUUUCACAAACUCCCAGAAGAAAAAAAGAAAAUGUUUCUUGCUUUUUUGUCAGGAUCUGAUCGAAUCCCUGGAUAUGGACUGGAACUUUUUACAUUUUCUAUUGAAGAUCCUCAAGAAGAAAAUCCAGAUGAGGUCUAUCCUUUUGCCAAUACCUGCAGCCGCAUUUUGUUCCUCCCCAGAUACAGCAGGAAAAGAAUACUCAAGAAGAAGUUGCUCUAUGCCAUAGAGCAUAAUGAAAAAUUUGGCUUGUCCUAACUCUUGGUCAGGAGCACUUUAAAGCAAAAAUAAGAAAACAAGUCUUUGUUUCACUUGUCGUACUUUUCUCUUAAUAAUUCCAAUUUACUGGUUUCUACCCUGCCGUAUUUUUACUGCACUUUAUAAACACUUGAGUGUGUGUAUUCACUGAGACUUUGUAUUGAUUAUAAAAAUGAGCUUAGACCAGAUACCUGAUUGUUAGAUUAUAAAGUUAGAAAGAAGAAUCCUAUUUAACAUGCUUUCAAGAAGCAAGCUGAUAACCAAGUAGAUUUACAGGUAUGUGCAUCCUGUCUGCUCUGUGGUGGUCUUGUUUAGUUGGUGAGCUUUCAGCAGCAGGGAUUCUGUGAUUUGUACAUUACCAAACAUAUAGUCAGUAUGUGCUAAGCAGUCAUCGUUGCAAGAGGAAGCUAGGGUAAAGUUUUCAUCUGUAUUAGUUAAGGAUUCUCUUGGGGAGCAACUAACACUAAGGAGACAUGUUCCUGCAAACUGUGAAUUGAAGGAGCAGUCUGUGCUCACCUGGGUAUGGCCUUUGACUUAUCUGAGAGAAGUUCUUAGGAUGAGGAUUUGAUCAUUCCUAGACUUUGUCAAAAGCUGUAUUUGUAAAGCAUUAAUGGAUUUUUUAUUAUUUAGUGUGAUAACACUGUGAUAUUUGUCAUGUUUCUGUAUAUCUUCUAAGGAGAUGUUUGGCAAUUAAACAAAAUUUUUGUUUUGUUUUGCUUGCAGAAUAGCUCUGUCUACAGAACCCUGUGGACAUGAGGCUUGCAGGGCUGCUGAAAUCUCAUUGUCGAAACAGUGCAUAGCACUGGCAGGAUAUUGACAAUGUCAGGCAGGAUGUAAAGGCAGGAUGUGUAUUUUUUCUGUAUAUUUUGCUUUGCGUAAAAAAGAGCGAGAGAGAGACAACAAUCAUGAUUUUUGAGCAGUCUUCUCUUUCCUUUGGCGUGUUAAAUGUGUCAGUGGACAUAUAUAUGUAAAGAAGACUUUUACUGUGUUGAAUUAAAUGAUGAUAGAUUAAAUUUCCA